GUGCUCAGUAUCCAAUGUGUGGUAUGAGAAGUGUGCCUGAGCCAGUUUUCUUUUUAACUUUUACAUUCUCUUUGCUUUUGCUUUGCUUUGCUUUCUCUCCUCUCGCUCUUGAUUCUCUUCCUUGACUCCUCCUUUCUUUCUCUCAACCUCAACUUCAACUGCCUCCAUUCUUCCCUCUAACCCUUCAUCCAUCAGAAUCCUGUUUCCAUGACAACCUUCAACGGUCGACCUGCUUCUAAAGGUGGAAAACCUGCAGUUGUGCAAAGAGGAGGCAAGACCAAGUUGAGCACUCAGUCUCCGCCCAUAUCUACACAGUUUGGAAACCCACAAAUCACAAGUUUGAACUCCAAUUCGUCCGCAACAAAUAAGGACACUGUAAUCAAUGAGAUAGAUUCAAAACAUAUGCAUGACCGGAUGCUGUUCCUGCUCUCAAACAUGAUCGGUCAACCUGUUGAGAUCACAAUGAAGAACGGCUCCAAAUACGAAGGACUUUUUCACACUGCUCUUACGGAGGGAGAGCUUGGAAUUGUGUUACGCCUUGCAAAGGCUGUAUCAGGCAAGGACAAGAAGGAUCCUCCACUAUUGAAGGGUCAGUUGAUUAUUUUCGCCAAAGAAUGCAUGGCUAUCCGUGUUGUAGGUGUUGACUUUGCCUCCCUUGAGAAAUCUGGCCCAGAGCGCAAUGAACGUGAAGGUUUCAAAACUGAUACGGAUAUUAGUCGGUCAGGAGAAAUCAGAGAAAGAGAUUUAAAGAAAUGGGCCCCUGAAGAGCAUGUCGCCUUUACUGGAAUCGAAGAUGAGCUCGGAGAUAGCCAUCAUCACAGUAGGUCUGGAUGGGAUCAGUUUGCUGCUAAUGAAAAGCUCUUUGGCGUGAAAACAGAUUUUGAUGAAGAGAUAUAUACGACAAAGCUGGAUCGGUCUGGAGCAGAUUACAAGGCUCGGGAACAACAUGCCAUCCAGAUUGCCAAUGAAAUCCAACAGAGUGUCUCAAACAAUGUACAUAUGAGAGAAGAGCGUGGCUUGGCAGUAGAUGAUAGUGGCCUUGAUGAAGAAGAUCUCUAUGGUGCCGUUGUCAGAGAUCCUUUGCCUGUGACGAACAAGUAUAUGCCUCCUAUGCGCCGCCAGCAGCUUAGCCAGCAGAAACGAUCAUCUACACCUUCACAACAACCACCAUCUCGAGCAUCCACUACUUCAAUGCAACCUAUCACAUCAACCAGCGCUCCUAUUCAGACUGACAAGCCUGUGCAGACAUCUUCACAGCCUGCCCAGCCCACUGAGCCUAUAAAGGACUUGCAACAGUCAAAGCAGCCUCCAAAUGAGCAAGCAGCUUCUUUAGCGAGUGGCCCCAAUAAGCCUGCUUAUGCUCAAACCAAACCAUCAGAAGGCGCCACUGUCAGCCGCUCAAAUUCUGCAAAGUCUGGAAGUCAGUUUAAUUUGAAUGAUUUGCGUAAGCCCAAUCCCGUGGCACCACUUAUGAAUGCAGCAACAAUUCAGGGAUCUAAAGGUCAGCAGAUCCCAGAGCACGCUUUCGAUUCCAAGCAAAUCGAAGACAAUCUUGUAAAAUUUGCAAUGACUGCUCGCACUUUCGUAAUGAAUGACAAAGAGUUGGUAGAUCAGACCAAGAUGGGUCUGACACAACGCCUCAAGGAGCUGCAACAGAAAGAGAAGAAUGAAAUAUCUGCCGAACUUAAGCAGUGGGCCAUGGAACACACAAUCAAUACUCCAGUACCAGAUGAUUUGAAAGAAAUUCUUGGGAAAAAAGGCAAUAGCUCUACUAGUACCGAUAAAACUAAGGACACAUCAGCAUCCAAAACUAAGGAUACGGACAAGGAAAAUGAAAAGAAGGAGAAGGAGAAGGAAAAAGAAAAAGAAAAAGAAAAAGAAAAGUUGGGAAGGGAAACCAUAGAAACUAAGCAGGAGAUCAUUAAACCUUUACCAGGCAGUGAAGCACUUUCCAACGCAGAGAAGCCCACAAAUGAAAAGUCUGGAACCACAAGUUCAUUCAAACUCAAUGUCAAGGCAUCUGUAUUCAAACCGAAUGUCAAUGCCACUCCGUUUACCCCUUCAUUUGCAGGCGACAAGAAGGCAGGAACUUCCUCGAAUAUCGUGGACAAAAAUCUUUUCUUCGGAAAGCUCAUUAAAAAGGGAGCAUUACCUCUCAGCGAAACAAUGGCGAGCCCCUUUAAGAAAGGAAUUGCUUCACCCAGUCCUGGAACCAUUGCUCCAACAUGGCCAUAUGGCCAGCGGUCUUUCCGUCACUUGUUCCAGGUGACCAAUCGCUAUGAAGAAGAUAUGAUGUAUAGUCAAGGCAUGGCGCAGCACCCAGGAAACGGCGCUGGCGGCUACUAUACAAUUGCACACUACAACUACGGUCCUUCUGGCCAAUUUGGUGUCCCACCGCCCAUGUCUGUGGCUGGGCCCGGACACAUAAUGCCUUAUAUAAGCGCAACGGGGCCUCUGCCAUUUUCACAACCUCCUCCGCCUGGCAUGCCUCACACUGCAGCUGGGCCUGGUUUCCCUCAAAUGGCACCAACUUCUUCGCCACAUUAUCCCCCACAAGGAUUUCCACCUAAUCGGACAGGCAUGAUCCCGCCUGCAGGCAUGCAUGUGCCUGUAUAUCCAUAUGCACCCAACCCACAUGGUGGGCAUGUAAUGAUGAGAUAUCCUCCUCUUCCAGAAAUGAUGCCCCCCAUUGGUCCUAACGGCAUGCUGAUGCACCAGCAGCCGCUGAAUAUGGAUCCGCAAACAGCACAUUACCGCGGUGGACGCGAAGGCGGUGUCAAUGAAGAAAUGUUACCAGAGUCGGGUACGCAUAACUAAUGCCCUUACCCUGUUCAUUAUCAUACAAGGGACUUGCUCUGAUAAAAUACGUCUCUUUUUGAUACUUAUGACGUUUUACUAUUGAUGCAUACUCAAAAUCUUUUAACACACAG